GUGUGUGUGUGUGUGUGUGUGUGUGUGUGUGUGUUUAAAAAGUCUCUAUAAAACUCUCUGCUGUUGUAUACCAUAGUAAGGGAUAGUUUUCCCAUUUUAACAAAAUGAAGACAUUAACUGCAGCUCUGCUUUCCAUCCUUUGGAUCGCACUUAGAUAUUCCUGUGCUAUGAGUCCCAUAAACUGCAAUGCUACUGAGCCUCUGGCUAUGAAAGCACUAGACAUGAUCAAUAAAGGACGUUCGAAUGGCUACCUUUUUCAGUUGCUGAGGGUCGCUGAUGCCCACUUGGACAAAACGGAAUCCACAGAUGUCUAUUAUUUAGUCUUAGAUGUCAAAGAAUCUGACUGUCCAGUCCAAUCCAGGAAACACUGGGAUGACUGUGAGGCAAAUAUUUCUAGAUAUCUACAUGAUAUAGUGAUUGGACAGUGUAAGGUAAUAGCUACCACACAUUUGAGUGAAUUUCAGGAUCUUAGAGUGAAUGACUUCAACUGCACCACAAGCUCUGUCUUUUCUGCAUUGGCCAAUACUAAAGACAGCCCUGUACUCUUGGAUUUCUUUGAGGAGACUGAGGUCUACAGAAAACAAGCAGAGAAAGCCCUUGAGAUAUACAGAAAGGAGAAUGGUGACUUUGCUUCUUUCAGAGUGGACCAAGUGGAGAGAGUUGGCAGAGGCAGAGGAGGGAGAAGAACCAAUUACUAUAUUGACUUCUCUGUGAGGAACUGCUCCAGUCACCAUUUUCGCAGGCACCAUAAUGUCUUUGGAUUCUGCAGAUCAGUUUUGUCUUAUGAUGUAGAGGCCUCUGACAUGGAAACACCAAUAGGGGUUGACACAAACUGUGAAGUCUUCAACCUUAAGGAACAUAGAAACAUAAGUGAUGUAAAACCCCAUCUGGACCGUCCCCUCCACUCUGGAGGCCAUAGGCAUUUCUCUGCUAGCAAGACUCCAUUUACACACAAUAGAUCCAGAGAUAACCUCAAUCGCCACAAGUCACAUGAAUCUGGAUGCCCACCUCCUCUGGAUGACAAAAAUCACUCAGACAGACCACCACUUCAAGCAGGAGCUCCUUCACGAUUGCCCCCUUCAAGAUGCCAUCACCUCCAUUUUGGCACCAAUGGCACACAUGCACCCCCUCAAAAUCAUAGUUCCAAUGAGCACCAUCCCCAUGGACAUCAUCCCCAUGGACAUCAUCCCCAUGGACACCGUCCCCAUGGACAUCAUCACCACGGACACCAUCACCACGGACACCGUCCCCAUGGACACCGUCCCCAUGGAAACCAUCCCCAUGGACAUCAUCCUGAUGGUCAUGGUUUUUAUGACAAUGGACCCUGUGACCCACCGCCCCAUAGUCAAGAACCCCAAGAUCGCUAUCACCAGGGCCAUGGCCCACCACCUAGGCACUCAGAAAAAAAAAGUCCAGGAAAAGGACACUUCGCCUUAAAAUGGAGAGAAAUUGGAUAUGUUUACCGACUCCCUCCGUUAAAGAAAGGUGAAGUUCUUCCUGCUCCUGAAGCCAAUUUUCCCAGCUUCUCAUUGCCAAACCACAGCCAUCAUCUAAAGUCAGAAAUUCAGCCCUUCCCUCAAUCAGCCUCUGAAUUAUGUCCAGGGAUGUUCAAGAGUGAAUUUCCACAAAUUUCAAAGUUUUUUUAAAGAAACAUUUCCAAAAAGAAAUCUGAGUUCUUUAAAAAAUGAGUAAUGUUCUGAAUUAGAACCAUAAAAAAAAAUGUAACCAAUUAUAAAUGCAA